CCUCUCUCUCUCUCACUAGAAUCUUUAUAUGGACAACCUCAAAGACAUGACCUCAUAUAUAUCACCAUCUUCUUAUCUAUCUUCUCCUCAAAAUUAAAUGGAGAAGACCGUUGUUCUGUCUUUUCUCUUCCUUGUCCUCCAUUUAGCACCAGCAAAAGCUUCUCUUAAUGUCGGUGUCGGUGUCGGUGUCGGUGUCGGUAUUGGUAUCGGAAAUGGUGGCGGCCGCGGUGGAGGAGGUGGUGGAGCAAAUAGCCCACCAGAGCCGUCUGGACCAUCAUUGUCAAAGAUGGGCGUAGCUUACAAAAGUCUCCAAGCAUGGAAAUCAGCGAUUACUGAUGACCCAUUGAGGAUUCUUGAUACUUGGGUAGGCUCUAACGUUUGUUCUUAUAAAGGAGUGUUUUGUUCAUCAGAUUCGUCAUCAGGUGGUCCUGCUGUUACAGGAAUAGAUCUCAACCAUGGAAAUAUUGAAGGAACUCUAGUCAACGACCUAUAUUUACUCACUGAUCUAUCUCUUUUUCACCUCAAUACCAAUAGAUUCACUGGUACACUUCCUGAAACAUUCCAAGACCUUUCAUCUCUUGAAGAAUUAGACCUAAGCAACAACCAGUUUUCAGGUGAUUUUCCCUCAGUUAUCUUAAACAUGCCAAGUCUUAUCUACUUGGACCUCAGAUUCAAUUCUUUCUCUGGACCCCUCCCGGAUCAACUCUUUAGUAAAAAUCUUGAUGCAAUACUUGUCAACAACAAUCAGUUCCAAGGCGAAAUCCCACAGAAUCUGGCUAGUUCCUCAGCUUCUGUGAUCAACCUAGCUAACAACAAGUUCACUGGAAACAUCCCAAUAACUAGUUUAGGGUUGGUGCGUGGUUAUAAUUCUAAGCUGAAGGAGAUUCUAUUCUUGAAUAACCAGUUAACAGGUUGUAUUCCUCAAGGAAUGGGAUUGUUCAGAGACGUGCAAGUUCUUGAUGCGAGCUUUAAUUCAUUGGUGGGUCAUUUGCCAGAAACUCUUUCUUGCUUGCAAGACAUAGAAGUGCUUAACUUGGCUCAUAAUCAGCUUUCUGGGGAACUGUCAGAUGUGAUAUGCUCGUUGAGGAGUUUAGUGAAUCUUACUGUGGCGUACAAUUUCUUUAAUCGGUUGAGUCAGGAAUGUUCGAGGCUUUUGAUUCGGAAUGUGGGUUUUGAUUUCUCCGACAAUUGUAUUCCUGGGAGGGACAUGCAAAGACCUCAACCAGAAUGUUCUUUGAUCCCAGGUGGUAGCCUUAGUUGUCUGAGAAUCCCCAUACCAAAGCCUCUUGAUUGUGCUUCAUUGACGAUAAUUCCGCCUUCCCCUUGAUUUAUAUUUGCAAAAAGAUAUUAUAUCUUGUUCGAAUGAAUAUAGAUUAUUUGGCUCAGAUUAAUUCUGAUCUCAUUAUUCUCA